CAGAUAGAAACUAGUAUUCCGUGCAAUCUUAAGCACGGCCAGAUGAACGAUGUGAACGUGUGAUUGUACACGUUCCGAAUGUGAACUCUUUUUAGUUAGUACGUAGUGUUUGCCGAGUCUUCUGUCGUUAAGCCGCUCACAUUGUGUGAAAUGAAAUCUUGAAUGUAAAUUGUGCCCAAAAUUUUUUUAUCAUUGCUUUAAAGUUGAUAACUAUAAAAUAAUCAAAAAAUUGUGUCAUUAGUUUUUUGAUUUUACUAUUUUGUGAUAAAAAUAAAAUUGUGUGCAUAUAUAAUAAAUAAAUACGUUGAAGACGUUGCUAUAAGUGGUGGUAGUGCAUUUGUUUAUUUUUAGACUUCGCAAUUUGCAGUCAUGUAAUUAUUCCGGUGGCGCUAAAAUGUCUCAAAGGGAUACAGCGAUACACCUUGUGGCUGGAGGGCUUGCAGGCACUGCGGGUGCUGUGGUAACAUGCCCUCUAGAAGUAGUAAAGACAAGACUUCAGUCUUCAAAGGGUGUGGGUAUUCCACCCCCACCUCCAUCUGGUGCUGCUAAUUCAAAGCGAGUUUGCUCUAAGAUUCCCAAACACCAGGAGGGCAAAUGGGGCUACAGACGUACGAUGGGCGCAAUGUUCGCCUACAGCAAGCAAGCAGAUCGAAUGCUGAUGUCCUACAAUUACCAGGUGCAGCAGUGUGCGAGGGCGGGCCACGCUCGGACAGCCGGGAGUAUGACCCUUAUACAGUGCCUCAGGCACAUCGUACAAAACGAAGGCGCCCGCGCGCUGUUCAAGGGUCUCGGGCCGAACAUAGUGGGCGUGGCGCCCUCCAGAGCGAUCUACUUCUGUACAUACUCCCAGGCUAAAGCCAUCCUCAACCAGCACCUUCCACCGGACACGCCCAUCGUACAUCUCUCAGCGGCCAGCGCAGCGGGAUUCGUAUCGUGUACGAUGACUAAUCCGAUUUGGUUCGUGAAGACUCGUUUACAACUCGACGGUCAGAACAUCACAGCCUGGCAAUGUAUUAAAAGGAUAUACACUAAAACUGGCGUAAGAGGCUUCUACAAAGGCAUAACGGCGUCAUAUAUGGGCAUCAGCGAGACGGUGGUCCACUUCGUGCUGUACGAGGGCGUGAAGGCGCGCCUCAUGGCCGCGCGGGCCAUGGACGGCGUGCCGUCCGACCAGCGCUCGCCGCGGGACUUCAUCGAGUUCAUGGGAGCGGGCGCCUUCUCCAAGACCGUCGCUUCUUGCAUCGCGUAUCCACAUGAGGUAGCGAGGACACGGUUGAGGGAAGAAGGCGACAAGUAUCGCAAAUUUUGGCAGACACUUCAUACGGUUUGGAUGGAGGAAGGCUAUCGUGGAGUUUAUAGGGGCCUCGGAACACAGCUUGUCCGUCAGAUACCGAACACAGCCAUAAUGAUGUCCACGUACGAAGCUGUCGUUUACCUCCUCACGACACACUUCAAUAAUUCCUUCUAUGAGAACACUUAGUCAGAGAGCAGAAAAGAACCUGUGAUUCCCGUAGAGAGCUCCGGGCUCGACUGUUAGACAAUUGGCAUUGGGACGGCUCGUUGACCUAAAUUAUUUCUAGAUCAACCGUGUCCCACUUAACUUGUGGUAUUAGGUCAUACUCCCAAAAAUAGAUCUUUCGUGUAAGAAAACGUUUGACGAAAACCGAUACUUAAAUAAUAGUAAUGUUGUGGUUGUUAUAUUCCUUUUUCGUUUCGUUCGUUUUGGGAUAUGAUUUCAAUUGAUCCAAAAUCGUUUCGAAAAGGUUAAGUAUGUUUUGAAGAUUGAAAUCCAUCGAUUUACUAAUAUUGGUAAUUCCAAUGAAAAAUUUAUGGAUUUUAUGUAAACAGAACCACAUAAAGUUAUAUUUAUAAGGGAGUUUGUAGAUCAAGAAGUAGAUUACUAUAUUUGUGUCUUAUCGAACAGUCUUCUAUGUCCAUAUAUAUCAAUAUUGGUAUUAUUAGUCAGUGAACGAGUCAAUAUUGUUUUAUUUCAAAUAUUAUAAGCAGUUUUCAUAAGUAAGCCAUGGUCAUUUUUUGAACCAGUUAUAAGUGUGUGCUAAGUCGAAAGUAGUGGAUCAAUAAAUAAAGACAUUUAAGGUAUGUUUCCACUGAACUAGUUGGCAAUAUCUGUGUUUGAAAUACCUUAUUAAUUCUUUGAUUUCCAUUUAACUCCUCAGCUAAAAAAAAGGUCGUCAAUACCGAGUCGGUAAUAGUCGUUUUUGAACCGAGCAAGUAUAAGCAUAGACUUAUUCGGUAUCUACAACACGCGCUAAAAAGAGACCUGAUUCUGGACAUUUAUGGGGAAUUCCCGUCGUCAACUUCAACAGAAACUUUUGACAUACAGAACUGUAUUGCCUUCACAAAUAUUGCCGAUUCGUUUGGGACUCGGCUUUGAAUAAUGCAACACGAAAAAUUUACUAUACUGUUGUUUAUUUUAAUGUGCUUACAUUAUAAUUCUACAUACAAAAGUCAACAAUUAUUAGAUGUUAAAUUGUUAACUAAGUGUUGUGUUUCAGUGUAAGAAUUUAUAAUUUAAAAAAAAAAGAAAAUUGAAAGCCUCUAUUUUAAUACUAUUUGAUGUUAUUUGUUUUUCAAGUAAAGAAGUUUAUUUUAUCAUUUCACGUGAACAUACUUAAAUGUAUGGGGAAAUAGAGUACUGGUUACGAGCCUACAAUAAUGUAUUGCAGCUGUUUUUCUUAAAUAAUUUCAACUCUAUUGCUUUAAACAGCAAUAUUUAUUUCACUUGAAUUGUUAUGUAACAUUAUAAUUAUUAUGUAAAAUUCUAUUAACUUUAUGCCAUGUGAUAAUUUAAUGCAAAUUUGAUUUAAAUUAGACGAAUGGUUUAAUAUAGUAUUCUGUUUUAGGACUACAUCCACAUUAUGACUGUUAAACAACAUUUUCUUUAUUGAAAUUUAAGGCUUUGUAAAUUCAAGUACCCAUACUUAACUAAAACCCAAGAUUUGUAGUCAUAAUUGAUUUUAUGAAUAUCCGUUAAAUAUUCUUCAGCAGUUAGCACAGAAUUAGUAAGUUGUGAGCUGUGAUAUAGCACAUUGUAAAUAUUAGUUACUUUGAUAUUUUUAUUACAUAGAGCUCUUUGCAAGGUUUGAAAUACAUUUUGUCAUGAAGGCUUUCCUUAUCGAUCUAGCUGUAAGUUUUUUUUAAUCAGCAAAUCAGGAUAUAAAAAUAUUAUGUAGAUUUAAUGUUGAUUCUUGUUAACUUAGGAACUGGUAAGUAAACUUCUGAUUGUAUAUUUGUUACUGGAAAGAUUUUGGACGUAUGUCAGACUGAGUAUAAGAUACUAUUAAAUUUGUUUAUUGAUUAAAUGAUUAAAAAAUA